AUGCUUCGUGCCUACCUGACAUUUAAUAAGGGAACAACUCAGGGGCAUAUUCUCCAUAACUUCGAUGUAACCCAGGCGAUCGACAAGCUAAACCUAUUAACAGUUUGCGAGAAGAGAUCUCUCUUCGUUUUGGUAGAUGUAGCGUCUAUCGUUUACAUGGAUAAAUAUGGGAAGUCAUUUGCCGACACUCUGCCAUUAUUUGUAUAUCAGCUUAUAUUUCAGCGAAUGUCACUCCUUCUUGAUUUCGAAUUCCGCGUGGCAGUUGCUCUCUAUGGCAAAAACGUUAGAAUGCUGGUUGAUGCAACUUUGACGAGCGCAGAAGACAUCGACGAAGUGAUGGGACCCCUGGCAGAUAGAGAAUACAUUCAAAAGAUUUACGAUACAAUCCGAGAAUCAAAAAGUUCCCUCACAGUUGAGAGCAUGUCAGAAGCUCUUACAGAAGUUCUACCAGUACUGGAAUCAACGCAUGGAGAUUUGCCGCCCUUUCAUACUGUUCUUAUUGCUGGCAUGACGAUUCAUAGGCCUGAGUAUUUCUUUCAAAAUGGAAUCGCCAGUCUCUCAAAUAUGAUAAUCUUCAGCAACUAUACUGUGGUCCACAGAAGCUUCAGCCCAAAGGCGAAAAUGAGAGAGCUAAUAAUUGAUCAAGGCGCCGCGAAUCUGACUGAUUUCGAAGAAAGUACUGUUGCGUGGAACGUAGAGACUGAAGCUGGUUUCUGCGCUCCAGACCCAGAAAAACUCGCAUAUUUUGGAUACGGAGCAUACUAUAACGAUUCUAUUCCUCUGCUUCGAGACAGACGAGACUUGAUCAAGGCGAAGAAGCGCUGGAUUCCAACAGUGCAGCUUUUCGGCGAAACAGCUGUCCCGAAAUAUAAGAAACCGAACUCCCCAAGGCUCUUUCAUAGUGUCGUCUUGCCCUCUGAUUAUCCGAUGCUUCGAGCUGGCUCUCACAGUAGUGCUAUAGACUUGAACUACAGAAAACCAAAUGGCGAUCUACUUAUCUCAGGAGGAGUCCUAACUAGGAAAGGGAAAGAUUUAUAUAGUUCGCAGCGCGGAAUAGCUGGAACCUUUGUUCAACGAUCGAGUAUUUUCCAGCGAUCCUAUAUUCACCUACAGGAAGAAGCUUUCAAAGCUCACGGCAGAGAUCCUACAUCGAAAGUGACGAUAAACGGUCAAACAUUUGAAAACACGGCUGCAUACUCGACAAAAUUCGCGACGGAGACAACCAGUGGACUUUAUACUUGGGAAAGCGGAUUUUUUAUACAGCAGCCUUCUGAACCUGAUAAAUAA